GGGCUGCAGAUGUGAGGCUGGAGAAUGGCGGUGGGUGCUGUACUGGGAGAGUGGAGGUGAAACACCAGGACCAGUGGAGGACCAUGUGUAGUGACUCCCGGGACAUGCUCGUUGCUGCAGUGGUUUGUAAGCAGCUGGGCUGUGGGUCUGCUGUUGAAGCUCCUAAACACGAUGGAUGGGGUCAACACGACUGUGAUCACUAUGAGGAUGCUGGAGUGACAUGUUCAGGAUUUAUCCAGCUGGUCAGAGGGGAAUGCCCUUGCUCAGGACACAUGGAGAUCCACGAUGAGGACCAGUGGAAAACUGUGUGUGACUCAGACUUUGAUCUCAAAGCGGCUGAUGUAGUCUGCCAGGAGUUGCAAGUACACAGGGUUGUGGUGGUGAACGGCAGCACAGCGUGUGAGGGGAAGGUGGAGGUCCAGCGGAGGGCGUUUUUGGAGAGGAACUGGUCCUGUUGGAGAGAGUCAUUCCACUGUGUUGGGACUGAAGCCCACCUGGGACAGUGUCCAGUGACUGCCCUGUGGGCCUCUCCAUGCUUCCAUGAGAACGACACUGCUGUCAUGCGCUCAGUACUACUGGGUCAAGUUCAUCUGAGCCACCCACAGUCAGACCAUCUGCUCCACCUCGUCAGUGCUGUAGGGGGCUGCGACGACGACGACGAUGAUGAUCCCUUAGACCCGGGACCUGUCGACCAAGAAAUGGAGCCUGAUUUAUACCCUCCAGACCCUCAUAACCAGUGGGAGGAAAUUCGCCAAGCAGUGAAGGAAAG